AUGAAGGCUACCCCAUUGCUGAUAUCAUGGCAUAACGAUAAUGCCCCAAUCUACUCGGUUCAUUUCGACCCUAAUGGUAGAGGUCGCCUGGCGACGGCCGGAAAUGACAACAAUGUCCGCCUAUGGAGAGUGGAAUCGACAGGCGAAGAACGAAAGGUGUCCUACCUGAGUACACUGGUGAAACAUACACAAGCCGUCAAUGUCGUUCGUUUCAGUCCAAAAGGCGAGAUGCUGGCAUCUGCUGGAGACGACGGUAAUGUGCUCCUCUGGGUACCGUCGGAGCUGCAGACCCAGCCUCCACUGGGAGAGGAUCGGUCGGAUGAUAAAGAGACAUGGAGGGUGAAGCAUAUGUGUCGUUCAUCCGGAGCUGAAAUUUAUGACCUUGCGUGGUCCCCAGACGGCGUCUUCAUCAUUACAGGGAGCAUGGACAAUAUUGCACGGAUAUAUAAUGCUCAAACAGGACAAAUGGUGCGCCAGAUCGCGGAGCAUUCACACUAUGUUCAAGGAGUAGCUUGGGAUCCUCUCAACGAAUUCGUGGCUACGCAAUCAUCCGAUAGAUCUGUACACAUCUAUAGCUUGAAGACAAAAGAUGGCCAGUUCACACUUACCUCUCAUGGCAAGUUUUUGAAGAUGGACUUGCCAGCCAAGCGUAUCUCAGCCAGCAGUCCCGCCCCCCAGGAUACCUCUGUCCGGUCGCAGCCGGCUACUGCCAAUGCGGCUGCAAUCACUUCUCCGGCGCCGUCGACUCCGGGCACGCCAAUGGCUAAUCUACCAAUGGACCCUCCACCCGUAUCCCAUAGUCGCAGGUCGUCAUUUGGUUCCUCCCCAUCAAUCCGCCGCUCUGCGUCCCCGGCGCCAUCUCUACCGUUGCCAGCGGUGAAGCCUCUAGAAGUACCGUCACCGGGGCUCCUAGGUGGACUGGGCGUCAAGAAUGCUAAUAUCUAUGCCAACGAAACUUUCACGUCCUUUUUUCGGCGAUUGACUUUCGCACCCGAUGGCAGCUUGCUGUUUACACCGGCGGGUCAGUACAAGACUUCACAUAUGUCUGCGACAGAUCCCACCAAAACUACAGACGAGAUCAUCAAUACCGUCUACGUUUAUACUCGGGCAGGUUUUAACAAACCCCCAAUAUCCCACCUCCCAGGCCACAAGAAGCCUUCUGUUGCCGUGAAAUGCUCUCCCAUUUUCUAUACAUUGCGACAGGCCUCCCAACCGGCUCGUCAUAUUACUUUAGACACUUCUUCUGGAGAGGAGACAUUUGCUUCUCUUCCUGAUCCGGUAGUAAAUUCGACAACUGACCGUCCAUCUAUGGAGCCUCCAACAUCGGCACAUAAUGCGGGUGACCCGGCAAAGAUCAACCAGACAUCAAAGGAUGAGAGCCCUUCCACCACUCCAGGACCCAUGCCUGUUUUCGCCUUACCAUAUCGAAUCGUAUAUGCUGUGGCUACUCAGGACUCCGUCUUGGUGUAUGAUACUCAGCAACAGGCUCCGAUAUGCGUAGUCAGCAAUUUACACUUCGCAACCUUUACUGACUUAACAUGGUCGAAUGAUGGGUUGACUCUGAUAAUGAGCUCAUCGGAUGGCUUCUGUUCUACCCUUACGUUUGCACCGGGAGAGUUGGGUCAACCCUAUACUGCUCCAGUGUCAACCGCUCACCAGACUUCAACUUCUGGCGUACAGCCCACAGGUCAUGUACCAAACCCGGCGAAACCAAGCCCGGGAAUGGCUCCAGGCAACGCAACUCCAAUACCCCCAAUGCCUCCAGCAAGCCCUGCGCGGUCUAAUUCUGUAUCCUCGAUUGCUACGCAAUCUACUGCUGUGCAGCAAGCCACGGGAUCUGUUGUCAAUAACCCGACACCGACACUCGGAUCGGUGCCGUUAGUCACAGCAACGCAUUCAUCACAACCACCAACUCUGCCACUUACUACGCCGCCGCAGACACCGAUGUCAGCCGUCUCCCAAAGCGGGACAAGCACUAUUAGCAAUAGUGUUCUAGGCAAGCGAGCCAGCGAGUCUGAAAAAGAGGAAAUUAAGGAUCAGAAUUCUGUCCCACAAGUACAACAGCCGAAGAAAAGACGAGUAGCACCGACUCUCGUUUCUACCGGCAACGGCCCUUCGUCAAAAGAUGGCCCCCAGAAUACCGACGUUGGCGGCUAA